UCAGUACCAGUAGAGACACCAUCGUGUUCGGAAGUGGGACUCAUAGCUGCUCGUGCUGAAGUGCUGACUUGUUUUUUUUAUUCAGAAUCUAGUGCUUACAAAAAUACUGUGCUAAUGGUGGUUCUCGAGUCCAAAGGGAUGUUGACUGCAGGCAGUAAUCAAUAUUUACAACCGGAUUACCUGUCUCCACUACCCACCACGCUGGACGCCAAAAAGUCACCCCUCGCGCUUCUGGCGCAGACAUGCUCCCAGAUCGGAGCAGACUCCUCCAAACCUCUGCCUUCUGAGAAGAAGAAGGAGGAGGAGAAGAAGGAAAAGUCGACGCCCACGCCGCUGGACUCCACCCGCCGCUCUCCGGCGUUCAAGCCCUACGAGAGCGCCACCAAGAAGAACAUGACGGAGGAAUCUGCCAACGAGGAGAAAUCCUCCGGGAGGAAGACCCCCGCCAGCCAGCCCUCAAGUGCCAGGUCGCCCUCCAACUCGAGCAACGGAGGCGGGUCCUCAGGAGGCAUGACUAAGGAGGAGAGUGGGCGUCGGAGCAUCGAGGCCACGUCCUCGGCCUCCACAACACCCAUCAUCAGGUCGGGCCUCGAGGUGCUGGCCGGCCACCCUAAAGACGUACCCUUGGGCACCUACAGGACUGGCAUGCCCUCGCUCCUGCCGCCGGGCUACCCUGGCUUCGAGAGUCACCCUGCGCUGCGAGGUGCCCACCCCGGCCUCAUGCCCAGCCUCGGCCUGCCAGGGCUGCCCUCCACCUUGGCCUCCGUCUACCCUGGCGCCGCGGCUGCCCUCUACUCCACAGCAGGGCUGCACACCACCGCCCUGUCUCCCUCAAUCCUGGCCUCGCCCUACUUGACCUACACACGCGUCAAAACUGCAGGCGGAGGCGAGGCCGUGGUGCCCGUGUGCCGCGACCCGUACUGCACCGGCUGCCCUUACUCAGUUCAGAACAACCACCUCCUACAGUCAGGCGGCGCCUGCCCUCCGUCGUGUACCCAGUGUGAGCAGGCCAAAGCUGCCCUGAGUGCCCUGCCCGGCCUGUCGUCCCUACCCUCGUCGUCGCUGACCCCAGCCAGCAGCAUCUUGCCGCCCACCUCUGUGGCCGCCGCUGCCGCCGCCUCCCUCUACCAGCCUUCCUCCCUCCUCAGCGGCCCGCCCAGACCCUACGUCUGCAACUGGAUAGCCGGCGACACCUACUGCGGGAAGCGGUUCUCCAGCUCGGAGGAGCUGCUCCAGCACCUGAGAACUCACACCAACAUGACCGCCGACACCACCUCCCUCAACCUCCUCUCCAGCCCCCUGCACGCCCAUGCCGCCCUGCUGGGGUCAGCCCACGCCCUCUCCAGGCCUGGCAUGCCCUACCCUCCGCCCUCCCUCUCACCCCUCACCGCCAGCAGGUACCACCCGUAUAACAAGCCCACCUCACUCACACCCACGCUGCCCGGCCUCUCCCCAUACGCCUCUGCCCUGUCGGCUUACCCUCACGGUUAUCCUUCCCCCUACGCCGGGCUCUACCCUAGGCCGCCCCUUUGAUGUGCACUCUCCUAAACUAGUGAAGCCUCCGAGAAGCCUCGCAGCUCCGGCAGGUGUGUAAGUGGGAGAUCGUGCUGGUGAAACUCAUAUCAGGUGCUAUAAUCAAAAAGACCUGCCCCUCGAGGCGACUGUGCCAAAGCAUCUGCUCUGCAGCCAGUGAAGUGGCACUCGGGCCGCCGCCGGCUCUAUAGCGGGAAGGGGGGAAGGGAGGGGGAGGAGGGAGAGGCGCUGUGGAACUCUAGGGGAGCGACGCGCCCCUCCUGGCGGUGCGCGGCCGGGGUGGCACCAGUGUAACUCUCUCAGUUGUCGCCUCGACAUCACCUCCGUCGCCGCCUGCGAGACCUCUCCAAGACCCCGCACAAAAAAAUCUCGCCCAGGAAUUUGUAACUGUUGAAAAUGAAAAUGGCAAAAAAGUUUGCAAUGGAAUUCUCGCGGCGAAUAUUUUUGUGCAUAAUUAUUUAAUUUGUUUUUUGACUGUGAUAGCCUAAGUUUGUACAUAAUAUCCUGUAAAUAUUUUCUCAGUGGUGAAUAUGUAUAUGAAAGCUAUUUGGAAUUAUGCCUAAUUAUUAAAAUAUAUGAGUUUUCUAAGAGAAA